UGCUCCCGCUCCUCUGCCUCCCCAUGGAUAUGCACUGCAAAGCAGACCCCUUCUCCGCGAUGCACCCAGGGCACGGGGGUGUCAACCAGCUCGGGGGGGUGUUUGUGAAUGGACGGCCCCUGCCAGAUGUGGUGCGGCAGCGUAUUGUGGAGCUCGCCCACCAGGGAGUCCGGCCUUGUGACAUCUCUCGGCAGCUGCGGGUCAGCCACGGCUGCGUCAGCAAGAUCCUGGGCAGGUACUACGAAACGGGCAGCAUCAAGCCCGGGGUGAUCGGUGGCUCCAAGCCCAAGGUAGCUACACCCAAGGUAGUGGACAAGAUCGCUGAAUACAAGCGGCAAAACCCGACCAUGUUCGCCUGGGAGAUACGUGACCGACUGCUGGCCGAAGGCAUCUGCGACAACGAUACAGUGCCCAGCGUCUCUUCCAUCAACAGGAUCAUCCGGACCAAAGUUCAGCAACCUUUCCACCCAACUCCAGAUGGGACGGGGACAGGAGUGACAGCUCCUGGCCAUACCAUAGUUCCCAGCACGGCCUCCCCUCCUGUCUCCAGCGCCUCCAAUGACCCUGUGGGCUCAUACUCUAUCAAUGGGAUCCUGGGGAUUCCUCGCUCCAAUGGUGAGAAGAGGAAACGUGAUGAAGUCAAAGUGUACACUGAUCCUGCCCACAUUAGAGGAGGUGGAGGUUUGCAUCUGGUUUGGACUUUAAGAGAUGUGUCUGAGGGCUCUGUCCCGAAUGGAGACUCCCAGAGCGGUGUGGACAGUUUGCGGAAGCACUUGAGAGCGGACACCUUCACUCAGCAACAGCUGGAAGCUUUAGAUCGGGUCUUUGAGCGUCCUUCCUAUCCCGAUGUUUUCCAGACAUCAGAGCACAUCAAAUCGGAGCAGGGGAAUGAGUACUCCCUCCCAGCUCUGACCCCUGGGCUUGAUGAAGUCAAAUCAAGUCUAUCUGCCUCGGCAAACCCUGACCUGGGGAGCAACGUGUCGGGAACCCAGACGUACCCCGUGGUCACCGGUCGUGACAUGGCGAGUACCACCCUGCCUGGUUAUCCCCCCCAUGUUCCCCCUACUGGCCAGGGAAGCUACCCCACCUCUACCCUGGCAGGAAUGGUGCCUGGAAGCGAGUUCUCAGGCAAUCCCUACAGCCACCCUCAGUACACAACCUACAAUGAGGCCUGGAGAUUCAGCAACCCGGCCUUACUAAUGCCACCCCCCGGGGCUCCGCCCCUGCCGCUGCUGCCGCUGCCUAUGACCGCCACUAGUUACCGCGGAGACCACAUCAAGCUUCAGGCCGACAGCUUUGGCCUGCACAUUGUCCCCGUCUGA